CACUCAGUCCCAGGAUAAGAGCACUGUGGAGGUGUGUGCGGGGUGCAGGAGGAGUGUAGCCGGGCCCCGGGGCCCCUGACCUGAGCGAGGAGCCGGACACGGAGCGCGGACAGAGGCCCACUGGGAGCUCGGCCUCUACACAUCCAUAUGUUGCAGGUUUAGGCUUGCUGUGGAGUUUCACUAUGAGAUGCUGCAAAUAUGAACAAUAUAAACCCCCAUCAACAGCCGACAAGUGCCUGCAGCUCCAUCCCAGUGCAGUCAGAUAUGAGGAGACGGAGGAGAUGUGCCCUGAUUUGUGUAUGGACGCCUCCUGCCAUCUAAGGAAGAGCUGGAACCAUCGAGAUGUGGCCAUCACCCUCCGCUGGGGGCAUCUGCCGCUGCUGGGACCUUUCCUAAAAGGAAGAAUGACUGGGCUCCUCCAAUCACCGCCGAGAUUUUCCCUGGCUCUCCUGCUCAUUCUGAUUCUCCUCUCCUGGAAUCCCUGUACAGCAGAAGAUCUAAACUUCUGGUCAAACAGCAGUUUUGACGACUCCUCCUCAUUAGGACUCUUGGAUUACAAUGUGGGGAGAAGGUCCACACGGGAGACUACUGGUGGCCUUCAGGCCCUAGGAGAUGAUAUAAAGACUAAUGGAGACCACCAUUUGAAUAUGCAAUGGAAGGGAAAGACCUGGCCCUGUGCUGUCCUCCUCAAACUGUCUCGACAUGUUUUAGUAUCGGCUUUAGGGCCCAACCUGGCUUGGACUAUCUUUCCUUAUGACAGUUGUGAUCAGGAUCUAAAGCCCACAGAGAUCCUUAUUAGCCCCCUGAAACUAUUGCAAAUCAAUGUGAAACCACUGCUGCUCCACAGAGUCCUGAGAUUCCUGGGAGACCUGGGAUUUCUAGUUGAGUCCCAACAAAACAAAGCUUUCUCUUUGCUGAAGAAGAAAAUCUACAAGACGGGAACACCUGUGAAAAAUCCUAACAUACAGUCAACAGACAGAUGUCCUGAUAAGAAGCCCCAUCUCACCCCCUGGCACCCCGGGCACGAUGGAAGGAGGUCCGCCGUUAUUGGACGUGGGGUGGCCCUCAGGUUGGAGUCUUCGGCCACUUUCCACUCUUUGCUCAUUCAGGAUGGAGGAACUUUAGUCUUUGCAGAUGACCAGAUACCAAUUACAUUAAGGACUCAAUAUAUCCUCAUUAGAAGUGGUGGCUCACUUCAUAUUGGAUCCCCACAAUGUCCCUAUACCUCCUUCGCCACCAUUUCUCUUUAUGGAAAAUCUACUGAUGGGGACGAUGUAGAAGAGUUUGGAAAGAAGUUCAUAGGAGUGGACAGAGGUGGGAUACUGGAGCUACAUGGAAGAAGACCCUUAUCUUGGACAUUGUUAGACGCAACUCUAUAUCCUGGAGGACUGCCCUAUGGAUCCUACAAGUGGGAGAAGCAUUGGGGCAGCCGGGGCAUCAAUAUCAGGAUCAUUGACCCAGAGACCGGGCAAGUCCAGGCUGCUGAUCGUUUUGACACGCACAUGUUUCUGGAGGAGAGCAAGAGGCUGGAGGAAUUCUUGGCCAAGCAGAGUCCAGGCAAGGUGGUGGCUGCAGCAGUGGGAGACUCGGCGGCAAAGAGCUUAACUCCAGAUGUCAGAAGAUACUUGAGAGAAACCCUGAACAGUAAAUACAUCUAUCAUAUUGGUUACAGGCAACCUUGGGCUUUGGUUGGUGUGCUCGGAGAAGGCCCACUAAAGGUAUCGGAGGACAAAAAACAGUACGAGAACAAUGGAACAACUGGGCUGGCAAUCGCAACAAGAGAAUUUCAGACAUAUGGAGGACUUCAUUUCACUGUUACUGCUUACAGUGGCUGGAAUAAAGGCGUUCCGAGGAAUGGAUUCAGAAUUGCAGUGUCCAGGGGCAUCAUUCUUACAUUAGCGGAUGACGUUACUACCUGGUUGCCUGGUAACAGAAUAGUCGUUGCAAGUACUGAUUACUCAAUGUACCAAGCUGAAGAAUUCAAUCUGCUUCAUUGCCCUGAAUGUAAAAACAACCAGGUCAAAAUUGAUGGAAGCCCCCAGUAUAUGCAUGUGGGCGAGGUGAUCGAUGGGAUUGAUAUGAGAGCCGAAGUCGGACUCCUGACCAGGAAUAUCCUCAUCAGAGGGGAAAUGGAAGACUCCUGCUACGAGCCCAACCACUGCCAGUUUUUCACUUAUGAUACAUUUGGUGGUCAGAUUAAGAUCCAGAAGGACUUUGGUUCGGUGCAUCUGUCGGGGGUCGAGGUCACGAAGAUGGGACAGCAGCUUCUGGGCAGUUAUCCCGUACACUUCCAUAUGACUGGAGCAGUGGAUGAAGAAGGUGGCUACAGUCCCUCAACGUACAUUGACAACCUAGCCAUCCAUCAUUGCUUUUCCAGAUGUGUCGCUAUUCAUGGAACUCAUGGUCUGCUGGUAAAGGACACCAUUGGUUAUGACACCCUUGGCCACUGUUUUUUCCUGGAAGACGGUGUAGAGCAAAGAAACACUUUUUAUCACAACCUCGGACUAGUGACGAAGGCUGGGACCAUCCUGCCUACAGAUCGCAAUGAAGCCAUGUGCUUAGCAAUGCGGGACCAUGUGUAUGGGGAUUAUGUGCCUGUUCCCAGCACUGACUGCAUGGCAGUCAGCACAUUCUGGAUCUCCAACCCUAAUAACAACCUAAUUGGAAAUGCUGCAGGAGGCGCACAGGAUGUUGGCAUCUGGUUCAUAUUCCAUAGAAUUCCAACGGGUCUUUCAGAAGGGCAUUACCCAGAGGGCCAAUCAGAAUUUACCCCCUUGGGUAUUUUUCACAACAACAGAGUACAUUCUAAUUUCAAGGCUGGUUUAUUCAUUGGAAAGGGAGUGAAAACAACAGAAGCAAAUGCAGAGAACCCCAGAGAGUAUCUCACGGUGGACAAUGCACGAUUCCGUCCUCACCAGGAUUCAGAUCCAGCUAAACCUCGAGUGAUGGCUCUUUUUGACAGACUCAUAGCCUUUAAAAACAAUGACCAUGGUGCAUGGGCCAGAGGUGGGGACAUCACCUUUCGCAACUCAGGGUUUUCAGACAAUGGAAUUGGCCUUACACUAGCCAGUGAUGGAACAUUCCCAACUGAUGAAGGAUCCAGCUUGGAGGUCUCUGAUUCCAUCUUUGUGGGGGAGAGUGAGAAUGUUGGCUCACAGGGUGGGCAGAACAGCUACUGGGGACGUGGUGGCUCGGGGGAACAGAGGUCACUGCCGCGGAACAAGACGUUUCCGAUUCGUGGAUUCCAAAUAUACGAUGGGCCGGUCAGGCUUCUCAGGUGCACGUUUAAGAAAUUUCUCCCUACGGCCGAAAGACCAUCUAGUGCAAUUGGGUUUUCACUAAAGAACUCUUGGCAGAUCACCCCUCAAAACAACCUGUCCCUCAUCAAGAUGGAGAAAAGUGUUGAACUCAAAGUAUUUUUUGGUCGCUCUGGGCAGUGGUUCGGAUCCAAUGACUAUGAUGGUGACAAGGUCUCAAUCUUUCAUGACCUGGAUGGCUCACUGACUGGUUACAGUGAUACAUUUGUUGGUCGAGCAGACAAUUACAUCCUACGUCAUCAAGGGUGCCUUACUGUGCCACGGUGGAAUGGAGUGAUAUGUAAGAGCCAAUAUGCACAGCUGUAUAUUCAGGCCCGGCGCCCAGAGAACCUCACCAUACUGGUGGCCAGAGCAGAUUAUCCUUCCCAUCCACUGAGGCUGGUGGGUGUAAAUAAGGGGGCACCAUAUCAGCAGUAUCAGCCGGUGGUGAUGUUGCAGCAGCCCUACACUAUCCGCUGGGAAGGCCCAUCUCCAAAGGAGAUCAUCCUAUACCCAAUUAACUUCAACAGGGGCGACUGGCUACAGAUUGCUCUGUGUUACCCCAGAAGUUCAGUCUUUCAAGUGACGGCAGAUAUUUACGAACGCAAUUCUGGAAGAGUGCACAGUGUCCGCCACUAUUCCAUGACCCCCUCUAUUCAUCAGGCCCUGAACAAGUCAAGUGUCAGACUGUAUCACUUUAGUAAGGAUUCUGGUUACCUCUUCCUUCACCUGCAAGCCCAUGAAUCCAGGAAUGGGCACAGCUAUUGUUCCCAGCAUGGUUGUGAACGGAUAAAGAUCACAGCUUCCUUCCACCCUGAGGAUCGCAGUGAGUGCACACUGAAACCAUUCCCCGGGGGAGCCAGCGAUGUUCAACAUGCCAAGCUAUUGGUUUCUCAGAGACUUCACUUACCUUGUCGUCAUUGUGGGUCUCCACAGGUUGCAAUAACUAGCACUCCAUCCGUUAAAUAUACUAAGAUACAUAUCCAGUCCCUCCGCAGAGAAGAUGUGCUCACUAAGAUGAAGUCUGCUUUCAUUAAGGUUGAUGAGGAAAUGUUUCCGUUUAAGAGGAGAGGACUCUUCUUCCUGGUGCUGGAUGCCUGUUCAGGGACGGUUGUCAGCAAGAGGCAUUUUGAAAUGAUCGAUGAGUUGAGCACCACUAAAGCAAUGUCCAUAUACAUUCAAACCUCCAUGAAACAAAGGUCUGUAGUUCUUAUUUGCUCAAGAGACAUUGUGGAUGUUCCAUCUGUUUCUGAAAUGUCUGCUUUCAUCAAACUUGGUUUGGCAAAGCCAAUAGCCAUGCACACCAAAGGCAGUUUUGCCAUGGUGGGAUAUAAAGGACUGACCAUGCCAUCUUGGAUUAAAAUCAUUAACAACAGUGCAGAGAGAAGGGCUGCAUCAAUACACCUUUACCUGCCACUGAUGCUGACUGAAUACAGAUGCCCCAAAACUGUAGAACUAAAAAAAUAAACUAAAGUGGUGCCUUAUUGCUCCACAAGCAGAGACUGUGUAGCAUCACCCUAUUUAUCUGCUGAGCCAAUGAAAAUGUGACGAUCUAUAGACAAGACUUAAUCCUUUUUAUACUGUCUAAUGUGUGUAUAUUGUCGAGUUAAUAAAUAUUUUUCUCUUUGUGUAAGUUAAA